GGGGUCGCGCGUCGGGCGCGCCGUGGCCCCGUCGGGGCGGCGGGAGCUGCGGAGCCGCCAUGGCGGACCUGGAGGCCGUGCUGGCCGACGUCAGCUACCUGAUGGCCAUGGAGAAGAGCAAGGCGGCGCCGGCCGCGCGCGCCAGCAAGAAGGUCGUCCUGCCGGAGCCCAGUAUCCGGAGUGUGAUGCAGAGAUAUCUGGCAGAAAGAAACGAAAUAACCUUUGACAAGAUUUUCAAUCAGAAAAUCGGCUUCCUGCUAUUUAAAGACUUCUGCUUGAAUGAAAUCGGUGAAGUGGUGCCUCAGGUGAAAUUUUAUGAAGAGAUAAAGGAAUACGAGAAACUGGACAACGAAGAAGACCGGCUGCACCGGAGUCGGCAGAUGUACGACGCCUACAUCAUGAGGGAGCUUCUGUCCAGCACGCACCAAUUCUCAAAGCAAGCUGUAGAACAUGUCCAGAGCCAUCUCUCCAAGAAGCAGGUGACGCCUACCCUUUUUCAGCCGUACAUAGAAGAAAUCUGCGAAAGCCUUCGAGGCGACAUCUUCCAAAAGUUUAUGGAAAGCGAAAAAUUCACUAGAUUCUGUCAGUGGAAGAACGUGGAAUUGAAUAUUCACCUGAGCAUGAACGACUUCAGUGUGCACAGGAUCAUCGGCCGAGGAGGGUUUGGGGAAGUUUACGGCUGCAGGAAAGCAGACACCGGUAAAAUGUAUGCCAUGAAGUGCUUAGACAAGAAGAGAGUGAAGAUGAAACAGGGAGAGACGCUGGCUUUGAACGAGAGGAUCAUGUUGUCUCUCGUCAGCACUGGGGACUGUCCCUUCAUUGUCUGCAUGACCUAUGCCUUCCACACGCCAGACAAACUCUGCUUCAUCCUGGACCUGAUGAACGGGGGCGACAUGCACUACCACCUCUCCCAGCACGGGGUGUUCUCCGAGAAGGAGAUGCGAUUUUAUGCCAGCGAGAUCAUCCUGGGCCUCGAGCACAUGCACACCUGCUUUGUAGUCUACAGAGACCUGAAGCCUGCGAACAUCCUCCUGGAUGAAUAUGGGCAUGUGAGGAUAUCGGAUCUUGGCCUGGCCUGCGAUUUCUCUAAAAAGAAGCCUCACGCCAGCGUGGGCACCCAUGGGUACAUGGCUCCCGAGGUGUUGCAGAAGGGGACAUGCUACGACAGCAGCGCCGACUGGUUCUCCCUGGGCUGCAUGCUCUUCAAGCUCCUGCGGGGCCACAGCCCUUUCAGGCAGCAUAAAACCAAAGACAAGCAUGAGAUAGACCGCAUGACCCUGACCGUGAACGUGCAGCUUCCAGAUGCCUUCUCCCCUGAGCUGAGGUCCCUCUUGGAGGGUUUGCUCCAGCGGGAUGUGAGCCAGCGACUGGGCUGCUGCGGAGGAGGGGCACGAGAGUUGAAGGAGCACAUCUUCUUCAAGGGCAUCGACUGGCAGUAUGUGUACUUACGGAAGUACCCGCCACCCCUAAUCCCUCCUCGGGGAGAGGUCAACGCCGCAGACGCCUUUGAUAUUGGCUCGUUUGAUGAAGAAGAUACCAAAGGCAUUAAGCUGUUGGACUGCGACCAGGACCUCUAUAAGAACUUCCCGUUGGUGAUUUCUGAGCGCUGGCAGCAGGAAGUAGUGGAGACCAUCUACGACGCCGUCAAUGCUGAAACCGAUAAAAUCGAGGCCAGGAAGAAGGCUAAAAAUAAACAGCUUUGUCAAGAAGAAGAUUAUGCCAUGGGGAAGGACUGCAUCAUGCACGGAUACAUGCUGAAGCUGGGGAACCCCUUUCUCACACAGUGGCAAAGACGUUAUUUUUACCUGUUUCCCAACAGACUGGAGUGGAGAGGAGAGGGCGAGUCUCGGCAAAAUCUACUGACCAUGGAACAGAUCAUGUCUGUGGAGGAGACCCAAAUUAAAGACAGAAAGUGCAUUUUACUCAGGGUAAAAGGAGGAAAGCAGUUUGUUUUGCAAUGUGAGAGUGACCCCGAGUUUGCACAGUGGCUGAAAGAGCUGACGUGCACCUUCAAUGAGGCCCAGAGACUGCUGCGCCGCGCCCCCAAGUUCCUCAACAAACCACGUGCCGCCAUCCUGGAGUUCUCCAAGCCACCGCUGUGUCACAGAAAUAGCAGCGGCCUCUGAAGCACAGAGCAGCAGGGCCUGAAGGAGAGGCCCCCCCGGCUCUUCAGCCCAGCAGUGGAAUGGAGCCACGGGGAACCGUGUGGGGCUGAGACACCGUGGUUCUGAGCACUGGGCUGCUCCAGGCUGAGGAGGCCCACAACACCGGGGUGACCCUUCAGGAACUAGGACAUCCUCGGGGCUGGCCUAUCCACACUCGAAAUUACUGAAGAAGCAGAGGCAUUUUUCUGUGCAACCCUCUCACUUUGGUAUCCGUGGACCCAGAACGUAAAAUGGUUCUUACCUCUCAAGUUUUUAUGUCUGGCAGGGAGCAUAUCCAGGGUGGGAUCACAGUCUCUGGGACUACGGUGGCCUGUCCUAGCCAUUGCUGUGUCUUGAGUGCGUGCCUGAAGUGUGGGGGUUGAGGCUCCAGAUCCUGGAGAGGGUCUCCGUAGGUCAGGGCUGACACCUUGCUGUCCCUGAGGUGAUGAGGUAGCUCUGAGCAUCAUGUGCACUUCCCGCCUCUGAUGGCUUCUUUUCAGAGAUGCUAGUCAGAGGGAAGAGGUAGGACGUUCCCUGGAGGAGACUCAUGGCAUCCAUCACAGCCAGUUCUGGUGGGCAUGACUGGAGGGUGCCCCAGGACUUCAAGCAGAACCUAGGUAACCCACCAGACAGUGUCCCUCAUGCAUGGCACGCAUGUACUCGGGUCGGGGUCUCCAUGAUGGUUAGGUCUAUGACAGAGUCCUGCUGCUCCCUCUGUUUGACCUGGGGGAGCAUCUGAGGAUGUGCCCAGGGUGGAGAAGAAUUGCUGCCUUGCUUUCAGUACACUGGUGGGUGACAAUGUCCAGAGGUACCCUGUACACCCUGGCAUGCCCCACACCUCUCUGUCCCUAAUGCACUGUGUGCUGGGCUAUUCUGAUAGGGGCAGCAGUUUGCCCAGCCCCCUUCCCCUUAAAGGUGGCUUUCUUCGCUGCUGCCCUGAAUUAAUGCUGGGGCCCCAUGUCACCACACUGAGAAGUCCUGCAAGGUCUCUGUGGAUUUGUCCAAUUCCCGGGGGCGGUGUUACUGAGUCUCUAGAUGAACUCCUGAGCACAUGAAGAAACCUGACCGCAGAAUUCUUUGCGUUCUGUCCUGGAUCUUCCUGACAGUUCCCAGUGUGUAUUAUGUUCCCGUGCUGGGAAAAUAUGGUGUUUAUUUAUUUUUAUGUUUUUUUUUAACUGCAAUUACCUUUUGAGAGUUUGGAAGAUAAUUUACCUAGAGGGUCUGUUAUUCUGCAGGUGCAUGGGGGACCUGUGAGGCUCAGUGCCUGUCUCGCAGCAUAUUCAGGGUUCAAGUUCACAGACAGUGCCACGGUUCGCUGCCUCCAGGUUGGGAAUGUGGCGUCACCCUGCUUGGCUUAAAAGGCUAGCAUUCAGAUUCUACCACACACACGCAUACGUAGUUAAGUAUUAUGGUUACUGUGUAGGCAGGAUUAGAAUAGACAGCUCACACAUGCUCAAUCAGACCUGCAGGGGCGGAGGGUUGUAUCUCUGGCCUCUUUAGGGCAUAUAGAGACCUCCCCCAACCCUCCAAAUUGGGAGGGACCUUGACCCCAGCAGGUGUUGGGCUAGCCGUAAAAAAAUCUCUCAUUGGGGUUACAGCUAUACCAAAGUCUUUUAAGAUGACACAGGGUCAUAGGAUCCUGCACCUGCAUAGUCACGCCAGACUGUCAUAGAUAUCAUGUGUCAUUUUUUUGGCCAAGUUAAUUUUAAGACUCCUUCCCUUUUAGAAAACAAAAUGUGUGUGCGUGUGUGUGCAUGUGUGUGUG